AUGAGCCCAUGGAAGGCUGAGCCACAAGAGGAGGAGGAUGAGCUCCCCAUGUACCAAGAGCACUAUAAUGCUCUCUUCUCCAUGGACUUUGUGGAGACCAAGUACCCACAUGAUGACACAAUGAGGGCUCUUGGGAUCUUUGAGGAUGUGGAGUUGGUACUCAAGAACAUGCAUUGGCAAAGUUCUUCUCUCACCGCAUGGAGUCAUACAAGGAGCUCACUUGAAGAUGGUAACCUUCAGGCAGCUAGAGAUACUCUUUGGUUCACUUAUGGAGAAGGAAACCUAUGGGAUAUCAAGGAAGAUGACUCCAAAGAGAGCCCAGUGCUGAGAUAUGUCCACAAGGCUCUUGCCAACACCUUCUUUGCAAGGAAAGCCACUGGUACAAUCAAUGAAGGAGAAGUGAAGCUCCUUGACAUGGGAAUUAAGCCCAUCAUCUCACGCACAAGGGAUGGGAAGAAGAUCAGAGGAGAUAGGGCACACGCAGGAAACCUCAUGCCUCUCCUUGAGCAGCUGCUCUCCUACAAGACACGCCUACAACACUCGACAUCAAACGGGAAGGAAGCUUAG